CGAAGUAACAGCGCCGACGCAGGCGCGGUUCACUAGAGUGAGGCGAGCGCAACAAGAAGCUCGCUUUUAUAUUGAAUUGACCUUAUUUACUCAAUCUGAUCUUGAACGAGAGGUCAAUAAACCCUUGCGUUACACUGACGAUUACUUCGUGUCGUUCCCUGUGACAGUAGUGAACAUUUUAUUUGUUUAUAUGGAAAACGUUCGACAGCUGCAAACAUGGUAGAAGUUAAAAUAACUGAGGAUAUUAAAAUAGGAGGCAACAAUCCGUGUUUUAUAAUAGCGGAAGUUGGACAAAACCACCAAGGCGACAUUGAGAUCGCGAAAAAAUUUAUAAAAGCGGCUAAGGACGCUGGUGCGAAUUGCGUCAAAUUCCAAAAAACAUGUCUGAAAGAGAAAUUUACUAGAAAAUACCUCGAAAGGCCUUAUGAAAAUCCGAAUUCUUGGGGGAAAACUUACGGAGAUCACAAAACACAUUUAGAAUUUACAGAAACGCAAUUUAGAGAAUUACUAAAGUAUGCAAAAGAAGUCGGUAUACCGCUAGCCGCGUCGGCCAUGGAUAUGGUAUCAUUCGACUUCCUGGUCAACAACAAAGCACCUUUUAUCAAAAUAGGUUCGGGUGACUCCAACAAUCCUUUGUUUCUAAAGUACGCUGCAUCUAAGAACGUCCCCCUCAUCAUAUCCACUGGAAUGGUCGACAAAAAAGCUGUGAAAUCUAUAUACGACAUAUUAUCCACACAUCACAAGCAGUUUUGCCUACUACAUUGUGUGUCAGCAUAUCCUGUACCUUAUGAAGACUGCAAUAUAAAAGUGGUGCAAGACUAUAAGGAAUCGUUUGAUGUUCCCAUUGGCUACUCCGGUCAUGAAGUCGGCACUGCUGUGGCACUUGCUGCAGUUGCUUUGGGCGCUAAGGUGCUAGAGAAACAUAUUACGCUGGAUAGAAACAUGAAGGGCACCGACCACGUCUGCUCCCUAACCCCACCCGAGUUCCAGGCGCUGGUGCGGGACGUGCGCAUCAUUGAAACUGCACUGGGAACCCCAAUAAAGAAAGUCGUUACUUCAGAAAUUCCGUGUAUCGAUAAACUACAAAAAUCCCUUGUGAUGGGCAGUACUAAGAACAAAGGUGAAAUUCUAUACCCAGGCGAUGUGAAGAUCAAGGUUGCAGAACCCAAGGGUCUAAAUGCGCUACAUUUUGAAGAAGUUAUUUACAAAACACUCAUUUAUGAUAAGAAAGAAGAUGAACCUUUGCACGAGGGUGACUUCUGUUAAAUACCAUUUCUUACAUGUAAAAUAAUAUUUUUAUACUGUUUCGUUUACUCUGUACUGUAAAUGUGAUAUUAUAGUAGAUGUAGAUGAUACAUAUUAUAGCUUAAUUUUAAACAUGGCGGUCGGUGAAUAUAACAUUGAAAUAAUAUAUUAAUCAUUUCUAUAAAUUUGAGUACAAAUUUGGCGUAGCUUGACCAUAAGUUAAUAAUAAUGUUAUUUUUUCACAAAUAUAAGUCAUUUGUAUUGUCACAUACCGAUAGUACAAUAGGUAAUGAAUAUUUGUAUUAUAUAUUACUAUAAUACGUUAUCUAAUUUAUUAAUACGAAGAUGAAUUCUAAUACGAUUUGCAAUCUGUCUUUCUAAAUAUGAAAUGUCAAUAUUUUAAAUAAUUUAUUAAAUUGUGUGACAAAGAACAAAUAUAGUUGGUUAAGGUGAUAGUUACCUUGCCGUUUUACAAUGAACGUCUGUAAGUGAUUAAAUCAAACAAUCGGUUAAAGCUACAAUCAUAUUCCGUAGUCUGUGUUCAUUAAGCAAUUUUGUUAUAUUAUAUUUAAUACUCUAUCUUUUAAUAAAUUUAUACAAUAAGCUGAUGUUUUUAUUAUAGUACCUAUAAAAUUUAUGAAAUCAUCGAGUGAAAGUCUUCUGUCUGCAACAUGAAAAAUAUUAAAAUAUAUUUUUAGACACAUUUUUAAACUCUCUGACGUCAAUGCCCAUUCAUAAAGUGGUGAUGACGUGCCAAUUUUAUAUUCGGACUGUGGAUGGAAUUCCGCGCAAAAGUCACUGCGCAUAAAAAUAUAACCAUGGAUGGAGUUGACGCAUGCUUCGUUUCAUGCUAAUGUUUAUUUUGGAAAACCACGCUCGUACACGAGGCGUACCUGCGGCGCAAAGGGCGACAACGCAGAACCACUCGUGUGAGCUGGGGUGGUAUACGUGACGUGUUUUAUUGGCGACUCUCGUU